AUGGAGCUGCAGCUCGCCGAUGCAGCGCCCUUCUAUCCUCCUCCAUGGGUCCCCAAGUUACCCUUCGAUCCGCCCGAUUCGAUUACCAUCGCCGACUUCAUACUCGAUGAGAACUAUGGGCGCCAUCCGCUCGGAUACUCGCGCCCGAUGUUCACUUGCGGUAUGACAGGGAAGGAGUACUCGGCGUUGGAGGUCAAGGAGCGCGUCGAUUACCUUGCCCGAGGUCUUGCAAAAGAACUCGGUUGGCGACCGAACGAAGGCACCGAAUGGGACAAGGUGAUUGGCGUGUACAGCUUGAACACACUUGAUACGGUUCCAUUAGCAUGGGCUACCCACCGCCUGGGAGGCAUCCAGACGCCCGCGAACGCUGCUUACAGCGCCACCGAGCUGGAGUACCAAUUGAAGAACUCAAGCGCAACAUGUCUCUUCACCUGCCUUCCCUUGCUCGAGACCGCGAAGACAGCUGCCAGGAAGUGCGGGAUACCGGACAACCGCAUAUACAUCUUGGAGGUGCCCAAGGAGCUCACUGGAGGCAAGGGCACACCUGCUGGCAUGAAGACUGUAGAUGACUUCAUUCGCGAGGGCGCAAAGCUGGACCGUUUGGAUCCAUUGAAUUUGGCACAAGGCGAGGGUGCGAAGAGGACCGCCUUCCUCUGUUAUUCCAGUGGAACUUCGGGACUACCAAAGGGAGUCAUGAUCUCCCACCGCAACGUUAUCGCGAACUCGAUGCAGGUCAGAGCUUUCGAUGCGCCUACAAGACAGAAGCUUCAACAACCCGGCACCCAGUCCGAGUACACGGAGAACGUCCUAGGCCUGUUACCCAUGUCGCACAUCUACUCACUCAUCGUUAUCUGCCAUGUGUCUGCAUACCGAGGCGACGGAGUGAUAGUUCUCCCAAAAUUCGAAUUCGCGCAAAUGCUUGGAUCAAUACAAAGAUUCAAGAUUAAUGCGCUGUACUUGGUACCUCCUAUUAUAAUCCUUCUGGCGAAGGACAAGGCGACGCGUGAGAAAUUUGACCUCAGCAGUGUGUGGUGCAUAUUCACAGGAGCCGCACCACUGGGUAAGGAAACAGCAGAUGAUCUUCAAAAAAUCUAUCCGAGCUGGAAGAUCCGACAAGGCUACGGUCUGACUGAAACUUGUACCGUCGUGUGCAGUACCUCACCCGACGACAUCUGGUUCGGCUCCAGUGGCUCUAUACUUCCUGGUAUUGAAUGCAAGAUUGUCACUUUGGAAGGAAACGAGAUCACAGGCUAUGACCAACCGGGUGAGCUGCUCGUAAAAUCGCCUUCCGUUGUUCUAGGAUACUUGAACAAUGAGAAGGCAAAUAGGGAAACAUUUCAGGAUGGCUAUAUGCGCACUGGAGACGAAGCAGUCAUCCGCAAGUCACCCUCGGGCCACGAGCAUAUAUUCAUCGUCGACCGCAUAAAGGAGCUUAUCAAGGUCAAGGGCCAUCAGGUUGCUCCCGCCGAGCUCGAAGCCCACCUCCUCACGCAUCCUGCAGUCAAUGACUGCGCCGUUAUUCAAAUUCCUGACGACAAAUCUGGUGAGAUUCCGAAAGCCUUCGUUGUCAAGUCCCCUUCUGUAAGCGCGGAAGAGAGCGAUCGCAUUGUCGCACGAUCUAUUCAAAAACAUGUUGAGCAACACAAGGCGAAAUAUAAGUGGAUUACAGGAGGUGUCGAGUUCAUUGAUGUAAUUCCGAAGAGCCCGUCCGGUAAGAUUCUACGACGGAUGCUAAGAGACAAGGAAAAAGGGAAGAGGAGACAGACCGGUAGCAAGUUGUAA